UAGUGGAAGAAGAAAUGGUAAAAGAAAGAAAGUGAGAAAUUUAGAGCAGAAAUGGAUCACGAUAGCGAAUACGGUAACAAACAUAGGUAUCGAAAUGCGUAUAACUACCGAAACAAUUACGGUUACGAAACUUUCGGCACAAAUUCGAAUUUUCUUGGCACGAGUUGCGACAGUUUUUCUCGUUAUGACAGUUCUUUCCCUUACGAAAGCGAUACAUGGACUGCAGAAUCUCGGUUGGACGAUAGAAUAGAAAGCAACACUAACCAAAGUUUUAUGGGCAUGCUGAUGCGUGAACCGUCAAAUAGAAAUCCAGUGAACAACAUGAGACAGCGAAAACAAGGAACCACAGUACGCCAUCCACUGGAUUUGAUCGAUACAAACUUCCAACGAUCACCUGUUGGGAUUGGAGAAAGCGUGUCCAGCAUAGCCGACAUAGAGAAAGGUUAUACGCGGAAAUCUAGCUGGUUUGCUUUAAGACGUUCCGGUUCUAUUGCCAGCUCGGUGGCUUCACGGAAAUCCAGUACACGCAGUAUACGCAGUACAACUACAAUUACUUCAACCCGAUCAACCGGUAGUUAUAUCCGAAGAAAUACGGGUACGUUUGAUGGAGGAAAUUCCCGGCAACGUAAAAAAAGUACACAACGUCGCCCGUCAGCGUCAAGCCAAAAAGACAAAAUCAUUUCAGAUUUUUAUAAAGAACUUGAACAACUCCAAGAGAUGAGUUCUUCGUCAUCUUCUUCUGAGGAUGAAGAAGAAGAUGAAAACAAAAACAAAACAACAAAACAGAAGAUAAAAAAGAAAAAAGUAGAAAAAGUAGAAGCCGAUGACGAAGCAAAUAAAAGACGUAUCGAAGAAUACGUUAAACAACAUAGCGUUUACGAUCAUACAAAAAACGAUAACAUCGAUGAUGACGAAGGUUUUAUUCCCGCAACACCGACACCUGAUCGAAGUUACGAGAACAAAUUACGCGAAAGUCAACCGGUAAAGAAAAUAGAAUCAACAAAACUUAACUUGCGAAACACAAAUAGAAUGGAACGAGGAGUGAAAACAGUUUUAAACCAUAAUAAAUACACAUGUCAUUCUGAUGUGACAGCAAAAAAACUAAAUAACUUAUUUUUCCACACCAGUAGGGGUAGCGUACCAAAUAAAUUCGAUAAUCUACCGAAAGCUAGAAUUCGAAGGACGCAAAGCGUUCCGUCGAAACCUCGUAAUUACAACGCCGUAACUAGUAACAUUAAACAUUACCAAAAAGACUGUUACCAUAAAGUUUCGACCAAAGAAAGUCCAGAAGACUUUGAAAAAGCAAUAAGCGAAUCUUCUUGUUCAACAGACUCUGCCCAUGGUUCAACGAGGAGUAUAUCUUCGAUGUCAUCUUGUUCGACACAAGCCAGAGGUUACCCCCUCCACCUCCCAACUGUACCUCAUAUAUCAUCACGAACUAAUUCCACUGGAAGACCCAAAAAUAAGUCGUUACCAGUCUCCUUGAAUUAUGUUAGAAGGACGUCACUAUGUUUUAGGGGGGUCAUGUGUCAAGUAUAUCACAAUGCAUCACGGGUAAAUAAAGCCCUGACACAUGCUGGCUGUAUUGGACUUGCUGUCCCAGGACCUUCAGCUCAUAAAUGUCAACAUUGAACUUUGAUAAGCAAGGUGAUAAAUUAUGACAUCAUCUUUCAGUUCUGUAAAUUAUACAUGUAAGAAAUAAAAUUGAGUUUUUCUUAAUAAAACAUUGACCGUAUAAACCCCAAAUGUCA